UGGCGUCUCGGAGGUGGAGUUCGUUUGGUCAGAUUACGGAAAUCAUGAAUGAAUUCUGAGUUUCAUUAUGAUUUUUCGAGAAAACGAGUGACGUAUUGAUUGGGCAAGGAGUACAAAUUGAUGCUUGAUAAUGAACGAGGUGAGCGGCGGAAAGCAAGACAUGGCCAGUACAUCUGCGUGGGACGCUAUGAUGAACCAGCCAGUGACUACCAUACCGUCGAUGCACCAUUUAAAUCCGGCUUUAGCGCAAGAAACCAGUUCACCGGUUACGCAAGUUAUAGUUCCUACGCCCGUCAAGCUGCAAGCGCCAAUAUUGCCACCUCCGCCUAUAGCCGGCGAUCAUUGCGGCAUCCUUGGCCAUGUGCAACAAUCGCCUCUGGUGGUCCAGGUGGCUGCAGCGCCAAGUUUUACAGAGCCUGAGCUAUCGAUAGAGUUGCAGCAGCAAGGGUGGAAAAAGUUUUGGAGUAAAAGAGAGAAUAGACCUUAUUUUUGGAAUAAAUUAACGGGAGAAUCUUUGUGGGUUAUGCCAUCGUUAAAACCUCAAUUUGAUCCUAUUACGGAUCCAUUGGGAAUUGGCUUAGCAUCCGUACCUGGUAAUGGGCAAAUACCUCCCGGUACUCCGGGAGGUCCACUUAAGCGUAGAGCAUCCGAAGAUGGAACUGCGUUACCAGCACCAAAAAAAUUCAUUUUGGCGGGACCAUGGGACUUGGAUGUCCCAACAAACGUUAUUAUUUAUGAACGAGCUCCGACAAAUCUUUUACACGUUCAUCCAGAGGUUGAGGCUCUACGAUGCGGUUUACUUGCAAAAUUACGCCAAUGUUAUCAAGAGCUGUGUCACACGCGGGAGUCGAUAGACGCACCCAAGGACUCCUUUAACCGUUGGUUGAUGGAGCGAAAGGUGAUUGACUGCGGAUCGGAUCCACUGCUGCCGAGUCAAUGCUUCCCCGAAAUUUCUAUGUCAAUGUAUCGCGAAAUCAUGAACGACAUACCCAUUAAGCUAGUAAGACCGAAAUUUACGGGUGAUGCGAGAAAGCAGUUGUCCCGCUAUGCCGAAGCUGCGAAAAAAGUGAUCGAAUCGAGAGAAGCGUCACCGGAAAGUAGAAAGGUUGUUAAAUGGAACGCCGAGGAUACAUUUCAGUGGUUAAGACGAACAGUGGGUGCGACAUUCGACGAUUUUCAAGACAGACUCGCACAUUUAAAACGUCAGUGUCAGCCUCACUUAACGGAAACGGUAAAAGCCAGCGUCGAGGGUAUUUGUUUAAAGAUAUACCACUUAUCAUCGGAGUAUGCUAAGAAAGUUAAGGACAAAAAUGCCCAAUUACUUAAAGAGAGUAAUUUGGGCGAUGCCAUACCCGUGAGUGGACCUGCAAGUACACAGCGAAAAGUGUGGUGCUACCCAGUGCAAUUUUCGCUCCCCACACUGCGACUUCCACAGAUCGAGUACCUACCCGAGCGGGAGCAGACGAUGCUGCGCUUUCACAAUGACGCGAUGUGCAUUAACAAUACGCAUCUGACGAAGCUGGAGCACCUGUACAGAUACAAUUGCUUCGACGACCGGAAAUUCGAGAUGUUCCUGCCGCGGGUCUGGUGCAUGCUCAAGCGCUACCAGACGUACCUGGGCAGCACGGAGAGCCAGGCGACGCAAAUGGCGUUGCCCGUCACCGUCUUCGAGUGCCUUCAGAGAUCCUUCGGCGUCAGCUUCGAGUGCUUCGGCUCGCCCUUGAACUGCUACUUCCGUCAGUAUUGCUCGGCCUUCGCCGACACGGACGCGUACUUCGGCUCGCGGGGGCCCUUCCUCGACUUCAGGCCCAUAAGCGGCAGCUUUCAGGCGAAUCCGCCCUACUGCGAGGAGCUAAUGGAGGCAAUGGUCAAUCACUUUGAGCGUCUGCUCUCCGACUCGGCCGAGCCACUAUCCUUCGUCGUCUUCCUGCCCGAGUGGCGGGAUCCCGCGCCCAAUGCCCUCAUAAAGCUCGAGGGUAGCCAUUUCAAGAGGAAACAGGUCGUCGUACCGGCCAUGGAGCACGAGUACAGGCACGGCUUUCAGCACAUCCUCCCAAAGGGCGAGGUGAACAUCAGGGCGAUCCACGGGACCCUCGUCGUCUGGUUGCAGAAUGCCGCCGGUCACGCGCGUUGGGGUCCGACGGAGGAGCGCGUGGAGGCGCUGCUGGAGGCCUGGAGACCGGGACGUGAGCGGGAGCGCGAUCGGCAGGAGCUACUGUCGCCCCCGCGGCAGACACCCGUGGCUUCGCAAACGCCGGCACCGGUGCCGGUGCCGGUGCCGAUGCCGAUGCCGAUGCCGAUGCCGAUGCCGAUGCCGAUGCCGAUGCCGAUGACCCCGACCGCGUCUCCGGUCCUUCUCACGCCGGUUCCGAUCACGGCGACACCCAACACGACCAUGGCCGCACCGCCAACGAUCAUCAGCUCGCAUACCAUUUGAGAAGAGGCGCCGUCAAAUUGAGACCGAUCGCCUAUUUCGGAUCCUGCCCACUACGAAAACGAUGAGGACGAUGACGACGAUGACGA